AGUCUGCCAGAGCCAGGAGCCAGGUGGAGUGAAGAAUCUCAGCACCAGGAUGUUGACAACACUGCUGCCACCGCUGCUUUUCCUGCUCCUGCCCAGCAGGACCCUUUGCAGCCAGAAAGCCUCAGAUGGCCCUCAGAACCUCCACAUGCUCCAGAUCUCCUACUUCCCAGAGCCCGGUCAAGUGUUAUACCAAGGCAACGCGUCGCUGGGGGGGCUGCUGACGCACGUGCUGGAAGGCCGGGACUCCAAUAUCACAAUCCUCCAGCUGCAUGCCUUGCAGGAGCCCCAGAGCUGGGAGCGCACAGAGAGAAGUGUGCAGCUCUACCUGGAACAGUUCUCCGGCUUCGUGCAGCAAGUACAUCUGGAGCGGGGCUUGGCCUUUCCUCUGACCAUUCGCUGCUUCCUGGGCUGUGACCUGCCUUCUGAGGGCUCUAGAGCCCACACCUUCUUUGAAGUGUCUGUGAAUGGGAGCUCUUUUGUGAGUUUCCAGCCAGAGACCGCCUCAUGGGUGUCAGUCCGUGGACCGCAUCAGGUCCACUCCAGAGUGAUCAACUACGUCAUGAAGCAGCUCAACACCUACAAUCGUACUCGGUAUGAACUGCAGGAUUUCCUGCAGAACACCUGUGUGCAGUACGUGAAGGAACACUCCAUGAUAAAUAUGAAAGGGAGCCAAACAGGUCGCUCCUACACUCCACUGAUCCUGGGCAUCCUGGUGGGCAGUUUCAUCAUCGCUGCUGUGGCCGUAGGCAUCUUCCUGUGCACAGGCGGACAUCAGUGUUAAUUGCUCUCCAGUCCCCUCUGGAAAAGGGCUGGACUCAUGGGGGGCUGAUAAGGGAAGAUCUCUUCUCACCAAAAAAACAAAUAGAUUCCCCCCAUCUGGGACAUUAUAUCCCAGAAGGUUUGGAGUGGCAGCUUUCUUCUCCCAGAUCUGCCCACCAAGAGCUUGGGCAAGCAGAGGGGGAGAAGGCUAGGUUGACAGAGUACUUAGUUUACUAAGAACCCAAGAACUUGCAUGCUUCGCUGCACUGGUCUGAGAAGUGAAUGCUUGUCUAUCUUUGUGUAAAAGAGAUGAUGGAGUUGUGGUAGUGGUGGUGGGGUCUAUGGCCCAUCCUCCAAAGACAGGCAGAAUCACAUAACCAAAUAAAACAAGUCAUCACAACCAAAAUAAAUAACAUUCAAUGUUUCCAGGUGUGUCAGACAUAGGAAGAGACAAUGGUAUGAAGGAGGUAGAAAGAAAUAACCAGAGAAAUGGUGGAAGUGUAAACUCCAAGUAAUAUGGGAGCAAGGAGUUAUUAAUUAAUCAAUAAUAUUAAUAAGUUCCUUACUUAUGUAUAAGGCAUUAUUAUUUCCUCUACUUUGAAAAACUUCUAGAAAAGUAGCCUAUACCCUUUGCUUUUACUUCCUUAUCCCCCAUGCACUCUUCAACCACUGCAGUCUGACAUCUCUAUAAAGUGCUCCAAGAUCAUCAAUGACCUCUACUUGUGGAGACUUCAUCCUCCACAAUAUCUGCACAUUUCACUUUGUGGACUAGAACUUUUUUUACCCAACAUCUGAGAUACCAUACUUCUAAUUUUCAGAAACCAUUCAAUCCCUUUGCCUAUGUCACCUUAUUCCAUGCACCUUGGAAAUUUUA